UCAGUUGGAUAAACAGUAUAGCUAGUUAUAUAGACGGGAUUUACCUUUUAUUGACGGAUUUAUAUAAGAUGAUUCUGAUGCUGUUAGCCUUUGAAGCAGUCCACAUUUACAAAAAAGCUAACAAUGCAUCCCAUAGGGUCGCUUCCUAUGUUUCUAAUUAUUUCGAUAAUGUUAUACCGAACACCAUUUCUAUGAUUUCUGAGGAAUUUUAGAAUAUCUGUUGUUGUAUUUAUACUGGGAUGAUAUGACUCGUCCAACGGUUGGUUUUCCUCGGAUCACGCCCUUGGGUUGUGUUUCGCCACAUUCUCAAGCUGAUUUGUCACACACACCAGUUUUUUUUUUGCGCGCGCCCGUGGGGGAAAAAAAACCAAGAUAAAGUAAGUGUCGAAGAUAAGGCAUCGCCCGCCCCAUCCCCUCCCCUUUCCCAAUCCGCCUCCAAUAUCUCCGCCCAUGGAGGCCUCCCUCUGCUCCUUCCCGUCCUCCAGGCCACCGCCUCUCCAGUCCCUAACCCUAACCAAGUCCCCAGGCCUCUCCAUUAACGUCCCCAACCCCUCCUCCUGGCGCCUGCCACGCAUUGCAACGAUCCGCGCCGCCAUCACCCGGACCAAGAAGGAGGAGACGGUGGCGACGGUCAAGAAACAGCUGGAGAACUGUCAUCUCGUCGCCGGGAUCCGCUACAAGGGCUUCACGGUGAAGCAGUUCCAGGACCUCCGUGACGCCCUGCCGGACUCCGUCACGCUGCUGGUCGCCAAGAACACGCUGGUUGGCAAGGCCGUCGAGGGCACGCCGUGGGAGGCCCUCAAGCCCUGCAUGAAGGGAAUGAACGCCUGGCUCUUCGUCCACACCGAGGAGAUCCCCCAGGCCCUCAAGCCCUACCGCAGCUUUCAGAAGGAGCAGAAGCUCGAUGACAACGACUUCGCGGGCGCGGUGUUCGAGGGGAAGUUCUACGGGCCGGACGAUUUCAAGGCGCUCGAGACAAUGCCCAGCCGAGCCGAGAUCUACGCGAAGCUUCUGGGUUCGCUGCAGAGCCCGGCGAUCUCGCUUGUCAGCACUCUGCAAGCCCCGGCGAGGGACGUCGUGCUCGUCCUCAAGGCUUAUGUCAAGAAGCUGGAGGAAGAGAGUGGCGCUGCCGCACAAUAGCCGUCUCCGUGGUUUUCCCGGGGAUCACUUGUUUGUUUAAAUGUAUGAAGUAAGUGCACCAAGGAGAAACCCUUUUUUUCCCUUUUGGAUGGAAAUUGUGAGCUUAUUACUUAACACUUCAGGGGACAAGAUGAUACUUUGGAGAAGAGAGGUGUUUUAACGGAGGAUGAAACUUGCCACGGGACCCAUAAGAAGAACACCACUAGUCAGCAUCAGAACUACUCCAUAAAGAGCUGAUUGAAUUGUGAGCUGAUUACAGAACAAAGGAGGGCAGGCCAAUGGCGAAUUUUUAUUGGGAACUAAGAGCGUCGGAGCACCCCUUCCAUCAUUAAAAAAAGCAUCUGAUCGUUGAGAAUUCCCAAAUUUUGCCCAUCCAAUUAUAUACUAAAAAUGUCAUAUUCAGAGCAUGUUUAGUGCACUAUUACUAGGCUAUACAGCUUUCAAUCUCAACACUUGAUAAAUCCCUCACCAACCUAAUUGGGUGUUUGUUGUCAUUUUGGUAUGCAAAGGUGCCUCUCAUCUUAAAAAACUUUCCAGAUU